AUGUUGUGUUGGUUUGCACGGGUGCUAGGCUGGCACCAUAACCUGCAGCGGGGAAGCGCUUGCAGAAGGCCCGGGGUCUUGAGCCUUACUGGCACAAGAGAGAGGGUGAGUCUCGUGAGACAUAUCGGCAGGGAAGACGCCACAACUCCAGCCAUGGAACAAGUUAUUAAGGUAUUGCUUUCGUUUUGCAAAGUUUAUUGCGGGAAGAAUUCUCCUUCUGAGAAGGAAAUUGCUGCGGUGCUUUCUCGUUUAGAACGAGAGGACAUGAUAAAGACCCCACGUGAUAUACUUAAUUAUCAAAAGUGGGAUGCCUUUACCAUGGCUCUUGCUCAAAGAGCCAUGUCGGUUAGGAAGUCUGCUGAGUUAAAGACCUGGGGAUUAAUCCUCGGCGCUUUAAAAGCUGCCAGAGAGGAAAAGCAGUUUUCCGAUACCGUGCGUGUGCUCCUCAGUCUUGGGCAGGAUCCAGGAAAUUCCUUUGGGGAUUCCUUGGAUCCGGGAGGCCCUAGUAGGCCGGGAGAAAGUGUCUCUUGCAGGAAUCCAAAGGACGGUUUGUCGGUACAAGAGGCGCCGCCGCUGCCGUUCAUCGAUUCCUGUGAUGCGGCUCGGGUCGAGCAGUCGCAGGCCUCGGCCCCGGCGCCGCUGCCACCGCAGCCGGCCCCGGCCCCGGUGUUGCCACCGGCAACGGCUUCGGCUCGGCCGCUGGCUCCAGUCCCGGCGCGGCUGCCGGCCACGGACUUGCUGCAGGCGCCGGUUCCAGCUUUGCCACAGGUUCGGGCUCCGUUCCUGGCCCCAAGGAGAGCAGAUCCCCCCCACAGCGCCGCGGCCAAGAUGGCGCCGGCCACGCCGCUCGCUUCGGGCGCCACCCACCAGAUGCCAAUCACCGCUGAGGAAUGCGAAGGGGGCGUGUUGCAACACCCACCGUCGUCUUCGCCAAUCAUCGCGCGAGAGACUCUCGAGACUCCUCCUCUGUAUCCGCCUCCUUAUCCGCGUCAAUCAUUGUAUCCUUCAUUGGAUGAUGUUUCAAGGGCGGAGAUCAGAGAAGGUUGUAUCCACCCCCCAAGGGGCGGUCCGUCCGCGCCCCUUGGUCCGCCCGAAGGAGGGGUUACAUCGGGAAAGCCAGUGAUGCAAGGGGGCGGGAUCGAUGGGCGUGCACGGAUCGAGGGGGGAGGAGAGAGUGGGCGUAUUCAAGGCGGGUCCAGUGGGCGUGUUCGGAUUGCUGAUUGGGCCAAGAUAGCAGAAACAUUAGAUGAGAAGUGCCUAUCAGAGGUGGUUCAUGCGUUUCCGGUUGCAGUGCAAGAUGACGGGGAAGCGAGAUGGGUUCCGCUGGAUGCGAAAGGAGUGGCGCGGUUGGUGGAUGCUGUGGAGAAGAAGGGGCUAAGAUCGCCUCUUACUUUAAAUGCCCUGGAAUCUCUAACAGCACCGGGACCGUUGCUCCCACAUGAUAUUGAAAAUCUUAUGCGCAUGAUUCUUGAGCCAGUGCAAUACACCCUCUGGAAGGAGGAGUGGAGCACUCAGCUCAAGACGGUGCUGGCAGCAGCGGAAAAUGAUCUGCUUCACCCUGCAUUUGGCAGUAAUUUACACAGGCUCAUGGGUACCGCUCCAGGAAUGUGCGGAACUCCCCACGGUCAGCUUGCAUUGCUGCGACCGGGUGAAGUGCUAGUAACUUCUGAAGCAGCUCUUGCUGCGUUCAGGAAGUUUGCUCGCACUGCAGCCCCUGCGAGCCCAUGGACAGAGAUAGAGCAGGGCCCAAAUGAAUCAUUUCAGGACUUUGCUAACAGAUUGAUGAGAGCCGUGGAAGGCUCGGACCUGCCUAGGGCGGUGCAUAAUCCAGUGAUUGUGGACUGCCUUAAGCAGAAGUCUGCACCUCUGACGAAUGAAGGGCUUGCAGCUUCGACUGAGCAGGACCUACAAGCGCUUGAGACACGAGUGAUUGCUACCCUUACCACCACAAGGUUUAGGGUUUCAGAGCAGAAGAUUCAGAGAGGCCCAGGAGUAGAAUACUUAGGAUACAAGUAUGGGCCUGAUUUGGUCCGACCUGCAGGCCUUAACAUACAGUUGAAGGUCAGCACUUUAUGGGAUGUUCAGAAGUUGGUAGGGGCUAUCCAAUGGGUUCGGGGUGCCUUGGGUAUCCCUCCACGACUAAUGAAGCCCUUUUAUGAUCAGUUGAAGGGAUCGAACCCUAAGGAGCCCAGAGAAUUUACUCCAGAAAUGGCUGCAGCUUGGGAAGAAAUUAUGUGCACCUGUCUAGAAAGUUCGCUCUCACGAUUUGAUUCGGCUCGGAAUUUAGAGCUGGCUGUCUGUCGAUAUGAAGCAGGAGCUGCUGCAGUUUUGGGUCAUUCCCUUAGUGCAAAGCCACAACCAUUGUGGUGGCUGUUUUCCACUCAGCUCACUCGUGCCUAUACUUCUUGGCUAGAGAUUCUUGCGAUGCUUCUUAGGAAGUCUCGCUUGCUUUCUGUGAGGGCUCUGGCGAAAGAGCCAGAAGUAAUAUAUUUGCAGAAGGCCUUUCGUGAUGCCUCGCCACUCCCUGAGACCCUUCUUGCAGGAUUGCAAGGUUGGGGAGGGGAAAUAGUAUAUUCAGACUCGCUCUCCAUUUUUGAAUUGGCUAGACCUCUCAAGGUUUCUCUUCGGUCUCGUGUUCUAACUUCUUCGAUAGAGGGGCCUACGCUGUUUACAGAUGCAUCUUCAGCCACCUGCCAAGGGGCAGUGGUUUGGCAGGAUAUAAGCAAUGCUUGGAAAUCUGCAGUUUUUAUGGAUCAGACAGUUAGUGUGCAGAUGCUUGAGGUAAGGGCGGUCGCAUUAGCGAUGCGUCUCUUUCAUGAUACUCCUUGUAACAUUGUUACCGAUUCAGCUUUUGCAGCUAGGCUGCUGGUCCGUAUGGGACAGGAAGGGCAGCCGAGUUCGGAAGCAGCAGGUUUCUUAGAGGAAGCCUUGGCUCGUCGUGAGGCUGCUGUAGCAGUUCUGCAUGUUCGAAGUCAUUCGGAUGUGCCAGGCUUUUUUACCACCGGGAAUGCUAUGGCAGACAAAGUAGCUAGCACGCUUGUUUUUACACUGCGAGAAGCUCGCGACCUUCAUUCCACUCUUCAUGUAGGAGCUCGUGCUCUGGCUAGAGCAUGCUCUAUCCCUUUGUCAGUAGCUAGGGAUGUGGUUCACACAUGCCCUCACUGUAAUUCAGCACCUACAAUAAGUGCGGGGGUUAAUCCUCGUGGUCUCAAACCUUUACAGGUUUGGCAGACAGAUUUCACUUGGGAACAGCGUUUUUCUCCUCGGGCUUGGCUUGCAGUUACGAUAGAUACUUCCUCCUCUGUUAUUGUGGCCACACAACAUGCGAAGUCCAAUUCAAAAGCAGCGCAAUGUCAUUGGGCAGCUGCUAUUGCAGUCAUGGGUCUGCCUAGUCAAAUUAAAACGGACAAGGGUUCUUGCUUCACAUCGCGAUCAACACAAGAUUGGCUAGCCUUGUGGGGAAUUUCUCAUACAACAGGCAUCCCUGGUAACUCUCAAGGACAAGCCAUAGUGGAACGUGCUAAUAGCCUCCUUAAGGAAAAGAUACGUGUCCUUGGGGAGGGGGAAGGAUAUAUGGGGAAUAUCCCUGUCAGUAGACAAGCCGAGAUACUAGCAAAGGCUCUUUAUGCGCUCAAUCACUUCGAGCGUGGUGACAACAGGAGAACGCCUGUGCAAAAGCAUUGGCAGUCUAAGGUCUUAAGUGAAGGACCUUCGGUUAAAGUGAAACGGGAUGAUGGCACAUGGGAGCCAGGCUGGAUGAUCUUGGUUUGGGGCAGAGGAUAUGCAGCAGUUAAACACAGAGACUCUGGGAAAAUUAUUUGGGUGCCAUCACGAAAGGUAAAGCCGGAUGUCAGUGAGACAUCUGACAGCAAAUAUGUGGAAAACGAAGGGAUUAAUCAGGAUUUGAGUGUUUUGUUUGCAGGAGUUGCCCCCGGAGAAGUUGAGGCCGUAACUUGAGAAGCCUGGAGAAACAGGGAAAGGAGAAGUGAGACGCAGAAGUUGUUCCUGUAAACACGUUACGGGAUGUUUGUAGCAUCUCUAUUCUUGGUGUUGUUUUGAUUGGUCUGCAGGUCAGCCAAUCAGAUCAAUGUCAAGAUGUUGAGUUGAUGUAAUGUUAGAAGGUUUGAAUAGUGUGUAAUGUGUGUUUUGUAGAAUAGAGUAUCUAUAGAUCUCUAUUGGCAUUAGGCCAUGGAGGUCAAGACUUGAGCCUUUCAUUUGCAGGAUUUGUGAGGGGAAGAUUCAAGUCCUGAAGUUCUAGCCGGGAGAAGAUCUCGACUAGGAUUUCUUCGAGAAUCAUCCUUUGAAGUGACCAUCUGUGCCACCUGGAUCAGCAUUUUGUGUGGCACGGAAAACGAGCAAGGUGGCUUGACUACUCGGAGUAUCUUGUCAUCUACAUGGAGUCCAUUUGCAGAAAGUGGCUCGAAAGUCAAUUGCUCCAGCCCUGCUAAGAGUUGGUGACCGGGAUUUUAUUGAGGGCUGUCGUCGUUAUCUUGAAAAAAGCUAUUCCAUAAGCUUUAUUAUGGAAGGCUCUUUACACACAAUGUAUAGAUUAGGGAUUGUAGGUUUAGAGUGCGUUUUCGCUGCUAAACUCUGCUUUGUCGUAGUUUAGAGGUCCAAGACCUGGGUUUGUAUGGAAGCUUAGAGAAUUAGGUAUAGCAUCCUUAGCGUUAUGCAUGCCUUGCUUUGUAGGCGAACGUGAUAACCGCUACCCUACAGCUACAGAAAUUAUGUUUAUAGCGUGUGAAGGUAUGGAAAUUUAAUUAGCCUAGAACGCAGCCAUAGGCUGUGUAAGUUUUAGGAUAGUAAUAGGCAUUCAUAUUAUGUAUGCGUGUGUGUUAUAGAGUUUUAACAAUAAAUAGCCUAGGUUAGGGAUAAGGUUAGGGAUAAGAUCCUUGCGGUCGUGUUUGCGGUCACGUUGUUACGGGAUAAAAUCUCAUUGUUUAUGGGGAGGGGGAGAUGUUGUAGUAGGCGUGUCAUGGACCUCGGUUUGUAAUGCGGAAAGGCCCUUCCCCAUAAGCCUGUUAUUGGUUUGCCUGAGAGGCUGAGCCUGUGUCGUGGACACAGGGGAUUGGGCUUCUUAGGAGCACAACAACUCCGUGU